AUGGGUCUACGUACUUUCGCUGCUGCUGCUACAGCAUUGCUAGCAACCACUGUCGUCGCUCAGAACGUCAGCAAUGCCCAAACAUCCCUCACUUUCCUUUACCAAAACAACCUCAAUGCGUCCGAUGAUGCUAAUCACAUCGGCGCCAUCCUGCUCGACUCGAUGAGCUACAACUCUGGUGCUGCAGCCUGCGCGGCCAUCGGCGAGUCUCUACUCACUGCAGCUGCAAUCAGGAACCACAGCAUGGACUUCGUCCAUCUAUUGGCUUACGAAGGCUACACUGGAAAGUGUGAGCGCGGCCAGUGGUUCUUCAUCCAGGGCGGUAUUGUUGCAGUCUCGCCGCAGGGUCCUUGGCGUCCUACCGCACUCAGCUUCCCGCAGAUACCCUUCUAUGGCAACUUCGAGCUUCCGGUACUGUGCACCCAGUCCAGCACGGGCAACAACCCUUACAACUCAGCGGCCAGCGCCUCCAACGAGCUCACGAUUGCGUCCAGUGGCAACACAUUCGUUGGUUUCAGGAACCAGAAGUCUUUCCGUUUCCUUGGCAUCCCCUAUGCCAACCCGCCCGCUCGCUUCCAGUACUCCACGGUCUACAACCGAACCGGUCAGACCAUCCAGGCUACCACAUACGGCGCAGACUGCGCACAGGCUUACGACCCCACAUCCCAAGAGCAGUGCCUGUUCCUCAACAUCCAAACGCCAUACAUCCCGAAGGCCGGCUCCAACUACGGCCUGAAGCCUGUCCUCUUCAGCAUCCACGGUGGUGGUUUCACCGGCGGUAACGGUGGAGCUGGCAGCGGUCUCGACUCGGGCAACCUUGCGUCCCGCGAGGACAUUGUUGGUGUCGAAAUCAACUACCGAUUGUCUACGCUUGGCUUUCUUGCUAUCCCUGGCACACCUAUCCAGGGCAACUUCGGUAUCGGUGACCAGAUCACAGCUCUGCGCUGGGUACGUGAGAACAUUGCCGCUUUCGGAGGCGAUCCAAACCACAUCACCAUCAUCGGCGAGAGUGCAGGUGCUGGCUCCGUUCGCGCUCUCCUUGGCUCUCCCGAGGUUAUCGGGGACAACCUGAUUGUUGGUGGCGUCGCUCAAUCCAACCUUGGUGGCGGUGUGACCCUUGGCCUUUCCGGCGAUUAUGGCACCACUUACAGCUCGUACUUGACCGUCGACCAGUCGUACGCUGUUGCAGGACAACAGAUCUUUGCCGCUGUCGGCUGCAACCAGUCGGACAUCAACGCGCAGAUUGCCUGCCUCGAGACAGUUCCAGCGUUGACCAUCCAGAACCUGCCUACAGUGGCUCGCUACGUCGUGCAAGACGGCACCAUUGUCAACACCGAACAACUCGACGUUUCCAACAACAACGGCAGUACCGCCCACGUCAAUGUCAUCUUCGGCACGACCGCCGACGACGGUGCCUCCUUCUCCACCUACCCCCAGGGCAACUACACCACCGAAGCCCAAGUCAUCUCCGCUGCGCUCGGCAUCACUCCUUACUACGCCAACGCCAUCAUCAACAGCGGCCUCUUCCCCCUCUAUAACACCGGCAACCUGACCCUCGACGCCUUCAACGUCAGCCAGCGCGUCGCCACCGACAAGACCUUCCGCUGCAUCGACGAGGCGACCACGUACGCUGGCGCCACCUCCGGCGCCUUCAAGUCCGCCUACUACUACACCAUCACGCGCACAUACGAGGGUUACGACCCCAACAACCUCGGCGCCAGCGGACUUUCUCAGGGUCCCACCGAGCCGGGAUACCCAUAUGGUGACCCGGAGCUACCUUACUUCCGCCUCCACGGCUCCGACCUUGGUUUCACCUAUGGCAACCAGUUCCCGCUUCGUGAUGCGAACGACCUGAAGGCGACGCAGCUCAUCACGGCGUACUACGGCGCUUUCGCCAAGACCGGCAACCCGAACCCGAACCCGCAGUACCUUCAGGUUCGCGGAUACACCAACACCACCCAAGGCGUGCAACAGAGCGGUCCCUGGUUCCCAGUCAACAGCCAAACCGGCCCGACCAAACAACUUGACUUCCCGUCGCCGACCGUCCAGUUCCCGGAUCUGGCGCAGUGUGCGUUCUUGAACUACUCCAUCAACUACUAUUUCCAGCCGAACCACCCGUGA